ACUGUUCAAAGUAUUGAAAUAUUUAUUUAAAAAUAGUUACAUCUAGUACUCCAACUUCUUCAAAUCAAAAAAAUACCAGUUUUACCCCCAUACUGUUGAAGACCAUGGAGUUAUCAUAUGUGGCUCGUAGAUCAGGCAUGACUCCAAUAGUACUAGGUACACCACAUGUAUCUCCAUUAAAACCAGCGUUGAAAAAUUUAGAAAAUGAGAAACGGACAAAGAGUAAAAACAUAAAAUUUGAAUCUCCCGAAAAAAUUGUUGAUGGAUAUGUAACCCCAGAAAACUCAUGCAAUGAUGAGAUAAACCACAAAACUAUUAAAAACAGAGUUGUCACUCCACAUGCUUUGAAAUCAUCUAAGGUAAACCAGAGCAACGUUAUCAGAUCUCAGAAAAACCUCAUUAGUUCAACUACUAACCACACUCGCAAUAAAAUUAACUUAAAAAGUACUAUCAAAGCACAGACAGAAAAGGAGACAUUAAAUGAAAUGUCUGUUGGUGUGCAGGAUGGCAAAUCAUCAGUGAGACGUUCUUCUCGACUCGCCAACAAACCUUCAAAAAAUUACAAAUAUUAAUAUGAAUUUUAUGAUUUUUGUAUUUUUUUUUUUUUUUUUUUAUAAUUUAACAAAAUAUUUAAAUUUAAAACAACAUCAAUAAGUAAAAUCUUCGACUAUGAUGAAAAUGAUUAACUUAUGUUGUAUUUUAUUCAAAUGUUUUAUUCUGAUUUUUUUUAAAUAA